CGCAGGACGCACUUUCAGUUACUCUGCAGAAGGUUUCACUUGUUUCUCGGAACUGCUGGGUGCUGGAGCUUCAGAGGAAACAUGGCUGGGAGUAUUUGGCUCUUGUUGAGCUAUUUGUUGUUUGCUCUCCAGCUUGGCGCAGAAGGGACGCAGAGAGUUUACUACAUUGGGAUCAUUGAAGAAGACUGGUCUUACGCACCUAGUGGAAAAAACCUACUGAACGGCAAACCCAUCGUAGAGGACGAACAUGCAUCAAUUUUCCUGGAAAGAGGGCAACAUCGCAUUGGCAGUGUCUACAAAAAAGCAAUGUACAGAGAGUAUACGGACGCCACCUUCAGCCGCCAGGCACCUCGUGAGGAGUGGCUUGGUUAUCUGGGACCCAUAAUACGAGCUGAAGUUAAUGAUGUCAUCAAAAUUCACCUGAAAAACUUUGCUAGCAGGAGCUACUCUAUUCAUCCACACGGGCUGUUCUAUAAGAAAGAUGCUGAAGGUGCUCUAUAUCCAGACAAUACAUCAGAUGCUUUAAAGAAGGAUGACUCCGUCCCUCCAGGAGGCAGCUUUACUUACAGCUGGGAGGUUAAGCCAAGGUUUGCCCCCACAACUGAUGAUGCCAACUGCCUGACCUGGGUCUAUCACUCACAUGUCAAUACCCCACAUGACAUUGCUUCAGGCCUUAUUGGGCCUCUGAUCACAUGCAAAACAGGAAUUCUGAAGAAUCUUGGCAGCCGGGUUUCGUCAUUUUCAAAGUCGGCCAGGAAUGAUGUCGACCGGGACAUUUACUUGAUGUUCAGUGUGGUGGAUGAAAACCUGAGCUGGUAUCUAGAAGACAAUAUAAAAAAAUGUCUUGAUCCAGAAGGAGUCACUGUAGAUGAUCCAGACUUUGAAGAGUCUAACUUGAUGCACGCUAUAAAUGGGUACACAUAUGGUAAUCUGCCUGGCAUUGAGUUAUGCCGACACCAUGCCACAGCCUGGCAUUUGUUUGGUAUGGGUAACGAAGUGGAUAUUCACAGUGCUUUCUUCCACGGAAACACCCUGCUGAACCGUGGUCAUCGCACUGACACUAUCAGCCUAUUUCCAGCCACAUUUGUUACUGCAACAAUGGUGCCCAAAGUAAAAGGAAAGUGGCUGCUGAGCUGCCAGGUUAAUGACCAUUUACAAGCUGGCAUGCAGGCCUUUUACAAAGUGAAGGCAUGUGACUCUUCAUCAGGCGCUCCAAUAUUGACAGGUGUUGUGAGGGAAUUCUUCGUGGCAGCAGAGAAGGCAACAUGGAACUACGCUCCCUCAGAAAAGAAUUUGUUUAACAACGAAUCUCUUACUGAAGCAGACAGUGCAUCAGAGGUUUUUUUUGGCAAAGAAGGGGGACGAAUUGGUGGAAAAUAUGUAAAAGUAUUAUACAGAGCGUACACAGACAGCACCUUUUCCAAGGUCAUAACAUCACCAUCUCAUCAUGGAUUGUUGGGUCCGGUUCUGAGGGUAGAAGAGGGAGAUAUUCUCAAUGUGACAUUCCUGAACAAGGCGGAUAGAGGCUACAGCAUUCAUCCCCAUGGACUUAACUAUGACAAGCGAUUCCAAGGAACCAGCUAUGAGGAUGGUAUUGACAAACCAGGGUCAAACGUUGAGCCAGGUCAGAGAUUCACCUACUCGUGGCAGGUGCUGGAAGGCCCAUCUUCCUCUGAUGCUCCUUGUAUUUCCUAUCUGUACUACUCUGGCACGGAUCCUGUCAAGGAUACCAACUCUGGGUUAGUUGGACCUCUGCUUGUGUGCAAAAGAGGAACGCUAGGGCAGAAUGGCAUCCAGAGGGACGUGGAUAAGGAGUUCUUCCUGCUUUUCUCAGUCAUGGAUGAAAACUUGAGCUGGUAUUUGGAGGAAAACAUCAAGUUUUUUGGCACCUCAGAGACAAAUCAAGAAGACGAGGACUUUGAGGAGAGCAAUAAGAUGCAUGCUGUAAAUGGAUACAUGUAUGGGAACCUUCCUAUGCUGGAGAUGUGUGCUGGGGAUAAUGUUGUGUGGCACACCUUUGGGCUCGGCACGGAGGCAGACAUACAUGGUGUCUAUUUUGAAGGAAAUACCUUUAAGUUACAAAGCACAACACGUGACACAGUGAGCCUUUUCCCCCACACCACCGCAGCUCUCUCCAUGCGGCCAAAUAAUUACGGUCUAUUUGAGGUGAGCUGCAGAACAACAGAUCAUUUCUCAGCUGGGAUGAGACAACUUUACCGGGUGAAACCGUGCCCUUGGAAACAAAAUAAGGUCCCACACUCUGAGCCUACCAGGAUUGUGAAGUAUUAUAUCAGUGCAGAGGAAAUAGAAUGGGACUACUCCCCAACAAGAGACUGGGAACUGGAGAACCACCACACAAGCCCAGAGGAGAGUCCAGGUAAUAUAUUUGUGGGUAAAGGGGAGAACAGGAUUGGCUCCCGCUAUAAGAAGGUAGUGUAUCGACAAUACACUGACGAAACCUUUCAAAAACAGAAGACACGGCCGGACCACUGGGGCAUCCUUGGUCCAAUAAUCCAUGCAGAGGUGGGAGAGCAGAUUCUGAUUAUAUUUAAAAACAAAGCCAGUCGGCCUUAUUCCAUCACAGCACAUGGAGUUAAGGCCAGUGGUUCCCACGUUCCUGUUGAACCUGGCCGCAUUAUUGAGUUGACCUGGGAUAUUCCUGAAAGCUCUGGCCCAGGCACUUCUGAACUUAACUGCAUUUCCUAUGUCUACUUCUCAUCUGUGGACUACAUCAAGGAUCUCUAUAGUGGCCUUCUAGGGCCUCUAGUAAUAUGCCGGCCCGGGACUCUGGGGCGUGGCGAGCUGGUCGACAGACAAAGGACAGACAUAAAUAGGGAGUUUGCUCUUCUGUUUUUGGUGUAUGAUGAAAACCAGUCCUGGUACUUGGAGGACAACAUUAAAAACUAUCUUGGUGUCCAUCCUGAUGCAUUUACACCAGACGAAAACUUUGAGGAGAGUAACCUGAUGCAUGGAAUUAACGGUAGGGUGUACGGUAACCUCCAUGGCCUGGUGAUGCAGCAGAAUGAGAAAGUCAACUGGUACCUACUCGGCAUGGGAAACGAAGUAGACAUGCACACCGUUCAUUUUCACGCUGAAACCUUCAUCUACAGGACGGACCUUGUGCACCGCGGUGAUGUUGUUGAUCUAUUCCCUGGGACUUUUGCGACUGUUGAAAUGGUGGCAGCAAACCCAGGGACAUGGUUACUUCACUGUCACGUCAGUGACCACAUCCAUGCAGGCAUGGAGACCACAUAUACAAUAAAAGAGAAGUCCUUACCAGCUCCAGCAUCGAGACAUCAAAGCUCUUUCAAAACGCUGGUUUUGUCAAAUGCAUUCGGUCUACUAGCAAGAAACAUGUAUAGAUGAGAGACUGUCAAAUAAUUGUACUGUAUGUGUUAGGCAUAAAUACUGUCUGUCAUGAAGCACAUUGUUCUGAUGUCUGAAUGUUAUUUAAUUCUGUUAAAUCAUAAGUAAAGUUGUGUUUAUCCCUUGGGGAUCCUGGAGAUGUCUCUCUCAAAAUCUGAUAGAAAUAUUUUAAGGCCUUUUUUAAACUGUGCACUUUGUUCAGAUACAUAUAUUUUUUAAUCCUUUGUUGUUAUUUUUUAAGA